CUUUUCUCUUGGCUCUAACUCUAUAUUACAUUGCCGUUGAACACCGGAAGUACUUGUUGUUCUUCUUCCGGUGCAGCUCUGUUUACAUCCGCUGUUAGCAUGCUACCAUGCUAGCGCCGUGAACCAGACAGGCUGAGGAUCGAUAACUGCGCAGAAACUUCACCGUGAGCGGCGGAGAGAGACUCGAGGGGAGACCGCUGCACAUUAUUAUCACCACAUCUGAAAGAUAUUUUUUAUUUUUUCAUUUUUAUCUAGAAAUCGGUGAAGAUGUCUCCACCUGCUGAUGCUAAUGCUAAUGCUAACGUGGGACAGAAGGUGGUUCAGUACGAAAACUUCAUCAACGAAGUUCUGAAGAGAGAUUUACAGAAGGUGUUGGAGCAGAGAGACAUCGUUUAUGAGAAGAUCUCUCAGUACCUGCAGCUAAAAAACACCAUCCAGAGUCUGCAGGAGGCGGAGUCUCGGCGGCUGAAGACAGACGUGGAUCUGGGUUGUAAUUUCUACGUUCAGGCUGAAGUCGACGACUCGUCCAGAAUCUUUGUUGCCGUCGGUUUCGGUUUCUUCGUGGAGAUGACGCACGAUGAAGCUCUGAGGUUCAUCGACAAGAAGACGAGUCAGCUCACAGCCUUUACAGAGCAGCUCACCAAACACUCCGCCAAAAUAAAAGCCAACAUCCGCAUGGUGCUUGAGGGUCUGAGGGAGCUCCAGGGCCUCAGCGACGUGCCGGAGAGCCGAACCACAGACGUUUUCUAGACGUUUUCUAGACGUUUAAUGAAACCGUCUGUUCCUGAAAAUCAUCGCAGAGGACGAGGAAACUGAGCCUCUUUAUUGUGGAAGUUCUUUUAGGAUUUCAUGGAUUCAACAGAAGAAAGACGUGAUGUCAGAAACACGACACUUCCUCUUCCUGAUGAUGUCAUCACAUCGGACGCCGCCACAAUAAAAGUCUGAUCAAAUGACGAAGGCUGAGAAUCCAUCUGAUUUGAGUUUUUCUGAACUUCCUGAUCAGACUGAGGCUGAUGUGAGAAAGAAAUGUGAAAUAAUUCAGAUUUAAAGUUGAAUCAAAGCUCAGACGAAGCAGCUUCUCAUUAAUGUUGUUUUGUUUUUUUUUUACUUCUGGGGGAUUUUUCUGUUUCUGAGGAACGUUUUGCAGAAACAUAAAAAAAUAUAACAAGAUCUAAAAUUUCAAUAAAUUGCAUGGUCUGUGUUUUUCUGGGUAAAUUUCUUUAAAUAAUGUAUUGAAUAUAUUCAGAUGUAUUUGUUUGUCCUAGUUAUUUUUAAUUCUAUUUUUUUUUAGGAUAUUUUUUGGAGGGUUUUUUUUAUGGGGAAAUUCUUUAAAUACUUCAUUAAAUAUUUUUAGGAUCA